ACGGUGCUCUGCUACCUCCUCCUGAUGGUUCCCCUUUACAACAUCACCACCACUACGCUCUGUCACGGGUUCAUUUUAAAAAGCACAUCCAAGUUAGACGCAUUUCUAAUUUGUACGGACAAGGCAAAGAAGGGGUCCUCUAACGACCGUUUGCGAAGGAGCAACUUCACGAAGAGGAGCAACACUGUAAUGUUCACUAAAAAUGGAAGCAACGCACAGAGGAUGAAUCACAACACGGUGUAUGCACAUGGGAAGAAGAAAAAAAAGGGAAAAAAUAAAGAGGCGGUACUACAGGUGCGGGAAAUUAUAAACAGGCAAAUGGCGCCCACGGGGAAUGAGGAGGAGGAGGAAGCGGACGAUGAGGAGGAAGCGGACGAAGGGGAGGAAGCAGACGAAUGGGAGGGGGCGAAACGCAAAGGCUCCUCUAACCCUCGCGCAGGACAACAAAGAAACGCUCAGCAAAACCACAGGGGAACUGUGCCAAAGGGCACACCGGGGGGGAAGAACAAAACGGCAGACCUGUACCUGAGUAAUAAUAAUAUCAAAAUAAAGGCGAGCUUGAAGGAGGAGGAGCAGAAGCAGCAGCGGCAUGAGCGGCAACGGCAGGCCGACGGUGUUGAAGUGGGCAGGGACACCAAAGAGGAACUCCUCUACAAUGAGGACCCCCUCCACAAUGAGGACCCCCUCACGGAAGAUGCCCCUUCAAUGGAAGACCCCCCCCCCGAUGAUGAGGACGAAGAGGAAGAAGAACCCGUCACAGAAGAAGACCUAGACACCCUAAAUAAAACAUGCGCAGAAAAAAUGGAAAACGUGUAUAACUACAUCAAGAAGGAGUCCUAUCGAUUUAAUCUAAAUAGCAUAUCUAACACCAUGUUUGAAAAUGAAAGAAUAAAAAUAAACGAGCAAAAUUUUAUGAUUAAGCAUAUAAGUCACAUUAGGAAGAAGGAUAAUUUUUUCAUUAUCACUCCGUACGAUCCCUACUACGUUAAUUUCAUAUACAACCACUUCGUGAAGGAGUACAAAGAGCUGAAGUUUUAUGUGAAGGACAGGUCGGUGUAUGCCGUUGUCCCCCCUCUGUCGGAAAACCUAAAGAACGAAAUUAGAAUAAAAAUAAAGGAAAAGAUUGAGGACUCCAAGGGGACCUUGCGGAAUGUGAGGAAGCAGAUGCUGACCAAGCUGGAGAAGGUGCGCGGUCGAAUAGGGAAGGACAUUUACUUUAUGCAGAAGAACCAUAUACAGAGUCUGCACGACCAGACGCGCAAGCGUAUUGAGGCCAUCCUCAACGAGCUCCGCUGA